AUGGGGUCUACAGGCCUGACUUUGGCAGAUUUGCCAAACAUUUUUAUAAUGAUAGGAGCCCUCGUAGCUUUGUUCGUGAUGCUAGUCAUACUUCUCAGGAACAUGGAAGUGAUCGGCAUAGUGGGCGAGGGGAGGGAGGAGGCGUGGGCGCGCUCCAUGCAGCCGCCGCGUCUGCUCAUGCAGCGGGUGCACAUUCCCUUCACCUUCAAGCUGAUGGAGAACCAGCCGCUCGCGUAUAGCGGGGUGCACUGCAGCGUGUCCUCCACAGUGCGGUACUGGCGCGCGAGCUGGUGGGGCGCGCCGGUGCGAGAGCUGCACCAGACCCUCUGGGGCACUCUGCCAGAGAUACUCGCUUCGGAACACUUCGAUUUCACCAUGUCCGGUGCGCACGAGGAGCGGCCGCUGCGGCUGGCUACGGAGAAGCCGCCACCGCUGGGCGCCCCGCCUCGAAGCCGCUACCCGCUGGUGGUGGUACUGGCCAGGGACCAGCGGGACACGGCGGACCUCAGGCCCGACGACACGGUGGCGCUGGUGAGCGUGGUGCACAUAAGGGACGAACAGUGCCCGCUGCCCAGCGGCAUCAUCGCGCAGUACCUCAAGCAGGCGAACGGCCACCUCUCCUGCCUCAAGCAACUGUACGUGUCCGGCGAGGCGGAGUCUGUGGGGGCGAUGGGGCCGGUGGGCGUGGGCGGCGUGGGUGGCGUGGGCGGCGUGGAGGCGCUGUGCUGCGUGUGCGCCGCGGCGCCGCUCUCGCGCGCGCUGCUGCCGUGCCGCCACGCGUGUCUCUGCGCCCGCUGCCUGCCCAAGCUGGACAAGUGCCCGAUGUGCCGCAGCGCCAUCAGCAGCUACUUUAGCAUCCGCAGCGAGGAGGAGCCCCGCGCCAACCUCAAGCCGCGCCUCGCGCUCAACCGCCGCCUCCUCGACCUCUUCCACUACCAC